CGGAUGGCGGUUGAUUGGCAAAGACAAGAAAAGCAAUUCAAGCAAGCAGAAGGAUCCACAGGACGUCGACAUGUGCAGCCAAUCAGAUACCACUUUGCUCACGGCAUACGAUGCCACUGACCAAUCAAUAGCCGACUACAGCACACCGCAGCCACAGACCAAACGACGUACAUCCAGCAGAAAGCGCGCCAAGUCCAAAGGAAAGGGUAAGCGAAAAGAUGGGGGUGGGAAAGGGGCAGGGGCUGUGGGCUUAUUUAGGGGACAAAGAGAGACAGAGUGGUAA